AUGCCACCGCCUUGCAACAAGUGCAAGCGCAGUGUGGCACAAGAGGGAGACACUUGGUGUCUCGGCUGUGCAAGCCUCGAGCACGCUCAGAACGUGCUGAGGCAGCCCUGGAGGAGUCAACCCCUCCGACUGGUGGCAGAGGAGGCUCUUCUGUCAGGAGCUAGGCUGGUGCGGGCCUUCUCUAACCUGGACCAGCAGAUCCAGGUGGGGGUUGCUGGUUCAAACCGUGCACCCGAAACUUCGGCAAAGAGCCGCGCUUCAAGGCCACCGUCAAGGUCGCCUAGGCGGGACACUCGGCCGCCCUUGCGCAGGUCCCCGGCUCGUGCUGCUGCAGCUGAGCCUAGUGUAGACCGGGAAAGCGACAGCGACAUCUUCGAGGAGGAGGAGGAAGAGGAAGAAGAGCCUCCGACAGAGGUUAAAAAGGAGGACUCGGGUGGUGGACGGCCACCUGAGCCCGAGGGGCCUCCACCAGGGCAACGAAGUGACAGGCCUGCGGAGAGGAGGAGUGAGCACAAGCGGCACCACCACAGUGAAAAUAGGACCCAUCAUCAGAAGUCGACAUCAGGUAAGAAGAAGCGCAGAGGAGGGGCUGGCCAGGAGGCACUGACCCGACCCAUUGCUGUCUCUGGACUUGCAAUGGCGACUUCCGGAGACGCAUUUGGAGAGGGAGCCACGGAACCCCAACCGGGAGAGCCGGGCUACAUGGAGAGGUUAGGAGCGCUGAUGAGGGACGCCCCAAGGCCGACCACUAUGCAGCAGUACAACGUCGAAGAGGCCGCCUUUUGGACUCAUCGGCACGUCCCUGCAGGGUCAGUGCUGGAGUUCCUUUCUAUGGGAGAGGAUGGAGCCAGCCCAGAGGGGUUAGUGGCUCUGUUGGUCACUGGCCGGACAAGCCAGCCCGAUGGCAUAUGGCUGGAGGUCAAUGUGCUUGGGGCGGAAGAGGACGCCACGAAAAAAGAAAUGCAAAAGUAUUUCAAGGGUGGCCGCCGGCAAGUUCAUAUUUGCUACCCUGGUCCCAAUGGGGCGUGUCCCCAAAGAGACGAGCUAGGGUAUCAUCUCAAAGAGUUUCGCUGGUUCCCACCGGGCGAUUACUCUGGACGUUUCCUCAACAACUAUGCCAUGAAGAAGGUGAAGGAUGGGCCAGGCCUAGAGCUGUCAGAACAGGGAAGGUCAAAGGGCCCUUCGAAAGAGAGGGAGGCUACCCGUGCUGCUCCGGGGACGCUGGUUCUGGACAAGGUGAAGACGGAGAUGAUCGAUUUAACGAGGGGCAGGAGUCGCUCAGCAUCGAGGAGUCAAACCAGGAAGAAGGUGAGGAUAGGAGACGCGCUGGCCCAGGCGGCCCUUGCGCAACAGCAGACGCGAUGCAAGAGGGAGUCGAGCAGGAGCCAAAAGAAAAAGAAGAAGAAGCACAAGGGCAAGAAAAAGAGCAGCGAGGACGAGAGCAGCGAUUCAGGGAGCUCGACAGAAAGCAGCUCGCUACACCCGCCGCUCAAGAGGAAGUCAAUGAAGGAGCCUGUGUCGGUGUUCAAGAUGCUGGAACACCAGGCCUACGAAUUCUUGGCUCAGGACGGAGUGAUGGAUCAGGAAAGAGGAGAAGAAGACUAUGGGCAGCGGCCGAAGCUGGUGACAUACUACCAGCUGGCCCUACGCCCCAACCUCGAUGUGAAGAGCAGGGAUGCGAAGGAGCUGGCACUGCUGUGCCGAGCUCUGGACCUUCUUCGCGAGGGGAGGCUCGACGCGAUGGCCGACAUGCUAGCUGCUCGGCUGAUGGCAGUCGAGACCAGCACCAAGCAGGGCUGGGCCACAGCGCGUCACUUAGAGAUCCACCCCGAAGAAGAGGGCACUACUCCAGCGCAUGUACUACUCGCGGCCCAGAAACACGGGAAGCAGGUGGAAAAGGCCGGGGGAAAAGGAAGCUGGAGCCAAUCGCAGAGCUGGUCAGGAGAUUGGUAUGGAGGAGGCGGCAAGAACAAGGGCAAGCACAAGGAUGGCAAAGGAAAAGGAAAGAAAGGAAAGGCGAAAGGAAAAGGAGGCAAAGGCUGGGAGUCUUGGGGCACCCCGGCAGGAGAAAAGGGCGAUGGCAAGAAGGGGGCGGAGGCAGCCGCCUGA